AGGAUUCACUUGGAGCGAUCCUCCAUGGUUGGGGACCCCAGCCAGGCGACUCUUUAAUCGACGGCCUCUGGUUUCCCCUUGUCCUCACCUUAGCAGAAGUGUUCGAACAAACAGUCCCGUGUCCGUUGCAGAUCCGAACAUCCGAUGAAGGUUGUCACCGCAAGGAAUGGCUCUGUGAUGCCGCAGGUGCCGCAAACUGGCUCAGGAUGAUACGAAACGCCUUUGUAAAGACCGUCCGUGACGUUGAGGACGCGGUUGGAGCGAAGCUGGAGGAUACCGCCACCAUGGCCGCGGCGGUCAACAUGUCGAGGCUCAAUGCCAUGCUCUGCAACGAAGGUACGCAGUACCUGUUCACCUUACCUUCUCUCAAAGAGAGGAUUGCAUCGGCGACCGUACCUGAUGUACGGUUACCAUCCUACUUUGCACAAUCGCACCCCCGCGUCAAUCUGCUGAACGACGAUCGCGCCUCUUCUGUACAAGUCUUGGAAGCUAUGGAUGAAGUCAGCACCGACAGCGGUGAGGAGAGUGAAGACACCACAGCAAGUUUCGCCCUUCGCUAUAUGCGCUCCAUCGUGGCGUGGGUUCCCGCCUCGAGGUCCGUCCACAGCAAUCUGUCCAAGUUGGUGCGGAGCAGCAUACCCGCGACGAUCCACGUGGUGAACAGCCCGCCUCCCGUGCCUUCGUCGGUGUCGCCACUCGACGUAAUCGCGAGGAAUCUGCCCGCCGCACCGGAAGGACACACCCGAGCAAAGGCGCGUGUCAUUAUGGAGGAGCUGGGGAUUCCGGAGCAGGUCAGGGGUGCGGUGCACUCGGAGGCCGCGUUGAUGGCGUUCAUCCAUCGCGCCCGGGACCGGGGCGAAGGAUCGCUCGUCUCCAGCCCCGCCGCUCACGACCUCGACGACGCUCUCCAGGGAACUACGGGCGUCAUCGGCUCCGCGGUGAAGUGUUGCUGGUGCUGCGCCUGGCUCGCAGAGCAUCUCGCUCGCCACACGGAUCCGCACCAGACGUUCACGUUCAAGUUCCACGUCGCGGGAUCUCAUGGCAGGAUCGGCCCUUGGGCGCCGCCAACCGGCGUGCCGUCUGCGGUCUUGGAGGAGCUGAGGACGGUACUCCAGGAGAAGUUGAGUUCCGCACUCAAGCUCAAGACCUAUGAUCCGAAGGCCGAGGGGGUAGCGUCUGAUAGGCGACACGGCGGACCGGCGUCCACAACUACGGACGAAGAGAUUUUCAUGUCGUAUGCUUCGAACCCUGCCCAUGACGAAUGAACUAGUUUGCACAACUUGCCCGAGACAGACGAGGAGGGCGGGAUCACGGAUUCACGCUGCAAGACGUCUCACUGACAUAGCCGACAGCCCGUUGAGCCACCGCGCUCUUCUCCAGCCCGUGGCCGCUGAGGUACGAAUACCUGGAGCGCUGUCGCUCCGACGACCACAUUUCGUGGAACCUCUAUGGUCUUUACGCGUCUCGCCCGAGCCUCCGAGAGAUCUGUGCCACGCGUGCCGUCUCAGCGUCCCGCUCCAGUGCGCUGGAAAUGGAUAGCCAUCGUCAAUGCAUAAUCAACGACGGUACGCCUCACCCGAUGCAACGCGGACCUGAUCUUUGGCUCCGGAGAGGGUUGUCGUCGAAUCUAUAGGUCCGCGCCUCGGCAACACCCG